AUGGGGAGGGCGGCGAGGCGUGUGCCGGCCUUGGAGCUCGCGGCAUUGGCCGUGGUGCUGGCUCUCGGAGUGGCCGUUGAGGCGCGGUUCCUUGAGACGCAGAACUUGGGCGGCGGCGGCGGUUUCGGCGGAGGUGCUGGCUUCGGUGGUGGUGCUGGGCUUGGUGGAGGAGCUGGCGCCGGUGGUGGAUUUGGUGGAGGGCUCGGGCAUGGUGGAGGUCUUGGUGGCGGGUUUGGAGGUGGAAAAGGUGGCGGCCUAGGCGUGGGCAGUGGUCUUGGUGGUGGCGGUGGGCUCGGCGGUGGCGGCGGAGCAGGCAGUGGGCUCGGUGGAGGGCUUGGGCAUGGUGGUGGCCUUGGAGGCGGAGGAGGUCUUGGUGGAGGAGGCGGGCUAGGCGAUGGAGCGGGUGGCGGGCUAGGCGGUGGUGCUGGAGGUGGUCUUGGUGGAGGAGGUGGACUUGGCGGGGGCGCCGGCGCAGGUGGUGGCCUAGGUGGUGGUGCUGGUGGAGGCCUUGGUGGUGGCGCUGGAGGAGGGUUUGGAGGUGGUGCUGGCACAGGUGGUGGUGCUGGAGGUGGCCUUGGUGGAGAUGGCGGACUUGGUGGCGGUGCAGGUGGUGGAGCUGGAGGUGGUCUUGGCGGAGGCGGUGGCCUUGGUGGCGGUGCAGGUGGUGGAUUGGGAAGUGGAGCUGGAGGUGGCCUUGGCGGAGGCAGCGGCCUUGGUGGCGGUGCCGGUGGUGGCGGCGGUUUCGGUGGUGGUGGUGGCCUUGGAGGUGGCAGCGGUUCUGGAAUAGGUGGCGGCUUCGGGGGAGGCAAAGGUUUCGGCGGAGGUCUUGGUGGAGGUAGUGGUGGCGGUUUCGGCGCUGGUGGUGGAGCAGGAGGUGGUGCUGGAGGAGGGUUCGGUGGUGGUGCUGGCUUGGGCAGCGGAGGUGGUGCUGGAGGAGGGUUUGGCGGUGGUGCCGGAGGUGGCGCUGGCUUGGGCGGUGGAGGCGGCGGCGGUUUCGGCGGUGGUGGUGGCAUUGGCGGUGGCCAUUGGUGA